AUGUCAAAUUCUUCGGCCGAGAACUCGCCAACCUCUGCCUCAGGGGGGAGGGCGUUCUCCAUCUCAACCGAUGGAAAGUUCUCGAUAGAUAUGACUUCGCCUCGCCUGCAAGUCAAUACCAACGGAGGUCUUCCGUCUCCUAGCCUUAAUCCCUUAAAGUCGCCAAACUCUCGCCGAAUGGCAGGCUUUUCACGUGAGGGGAUUCUAGGUUCGGCCCAGAAAGCCCGUAAUCUUUCACAGUCAUCCGGAGAUCGGGAGCCCAUCACGAACAGUAAUGGAAACAGACAGUUUGAUGAUGAUGGCAUCACCCCAAUGAAAAGAAGAAACACCGACGCAGGCAUUGACUAUCCGAGAAGGAGAGCCACAAUAGCCGUAAGCAGAUCUAUUUCUAGAUCCAUUCGUCGGUUGUUGACUAGAUAUUCAGUGUGAGAUCUGUCGCUCAAGGAAGUCCCGAUGCGACGGGACGAAGCCCAAGUGCAAGCUUUGCACCGAGCUGGGAGCAGAAUGUAUCUAUCGGGAGCCAGGCAUCAAACUUGACGCUGGCGAUAAGCUCAUUCUGGAACGUCUUGCUAGGAUCGAAGGCAUGCUUCAGUCUAGCCUGGUUGGCCAGACCUCAAGUCUCGCACUCUCAACGGGUUCGCCUUCCAUCAAUGGCAAUACUACUGUCAGCAACGAUGAUAUGAUGCAAAAUGGUACCAACUUUAUCUCCAUGCUUCCCACAACUGGAGUGGGUGCUUGGACAACGCCAACAAACCUCUCCAUCAUGCCUAAAAUACACACAAACGCUGCAUUGCACCUACUCCAGUGGCCUUUGAUUCGAGAUCUUCUCGCACGACCCUACGAUCCACAGGCUUUGGUGCAAUUGGAAAUGUCCCGAGAUCCACUGAUACUAUCCAAGACUCCUUGUCUUGACCUCUCCAACACCUCUGCAUAUAUAGAGGCCUUCUUUUCGAAAGUCAAUGUGUGGUAUGCCUGCGUCAAUCCAUUCAACUGGACGAGUUACUAUCGAGUCGCGCUCUCGAACGGGUUCCGCGAUGGACCAGAAAGUUGCAUAGUACUCCUUGUCCUCGCUCUAGGGCAGGCGAGCUGCAGUGGGAGCAUUUCCAGAAUACCAAAUCCUCAAGAUGCUCCAGGAUUACCUUAUUUUGCAACAGCGUGGGCUCUUCUCCCAAGCUUGAUGACUCGAAAUACAGUGCAGUCCGCUCAAUGCACUAUUCUAGCGGCAGCAUAUUUGUUCUAUUUGGUUCGACCGUUGGAGGCAUGGACUCUGUUGAAUAGUGCGAGUACAAAACUGCAGCUCCUUUUGAGUGCGCCUGGUCGGAUACCAGAACACCAGAGAGAGAUAAUGGAGCGAGUGUAUUGGAAUGCGCUGUUGUUUGAGAGUGAUCUCCUCGCCGAAUUGGAUCUGCCACAUUCAGGGAUCGUACACUACGAGGAACAUGUUGGACUUCCAGCAGGUUUUCAGCAAGGGGAAGAAGAAGGCGUUGGACGUGAUGAGUUGUGGUAUUUCCUGGCCGAAAUAGCUCUCCGACGACUUCUUAAUCGCGUCAGCCAGCUCAUCUAUUCCAAAGACUCGAUGUCAUCGACGCAAAGCCUUGAGCCAGUUGUUGCAGAACUCGACUUUCAGCUUUCACAAUGGUACGAAAGCUUGCCAUUGUCGCUUCAAUUCCCCUACCACCGAUCGUUACUACAGGAUCCCGUCCAGACCGUCUUGCGUUUACGCUAUUUCGCAUGCCGAACUAUUAUCUACAGACCAUAUAUCCUUGCAGUUCUGGACAAUGAGCAAGCAGCUAUGGAUCCCGUGGUACGUGACAACUGUCGCAAGUGCUUGGAAGCCUCAAUUCGACAACUUGAAAACAUCACAGCACAGUAGGUCUCAUGCUCCUCCCAAGUAAAUGGCAACUAAUAGCCAGAAGUCAUGCCGGUCACGUUCCUUAUUUGUGGCAAGGAGCGCUUUCCAUAGUCUCCCAAACACUCCUCGUCAUGGGCGCCACAAUGUCACCCUCUCUCUCCGCGAUCCUCUCAACUUUGGUCCCUCAUCUGGAUGCAGUGGAUGCCAUCAUUAACGAUGUCGUCACCGAAGUGGAAAGAUAUGUACAUCUAGCGCCGAGUCUCAGUCUUUCAGCGGAAAUCAUCCGCGAAGCAGAUAUGCGUCGGAGAACCUAUCUUGGGAACUGA